AUGUUGGGCUUCCUCACUGUUGUUGUUGUCAUCGCUGUGAUGUAUUACCGCUGGCGCCGCGGUGCCGAGCAAUUCUCGGCACAGCGAUUUGAUAACGUGACGAAUGAGCUAGAGCCGAGCGCAUGAAAGGGCAUGAUAGUGCUCUUUGGGAUCUGAGAUGGAAUGGUUUGGACCAAGACGUCAUCACAGAUUCAUUGCAAUGUAUUUUAUGUCCUCUUCAAUUUAUUAGAGAGAGAAAAAAAUACAUGCUCAUUUAGAAGACACUGUUAUUAGGGAUAUAUGUGGUAAUCCGAUUUUCUAAAUAUUAGGCCUUUCUAGGAGCAUCGGCUAUUUCUUGGGAAUACUUGUUGCGAAGUCAACCCAUCUUCAGUUCAAACUAAUCAAGCAGACCGAGAUUAUUUCAUUGUACACUUAAUAUCUAACAACAUCAAGAAUUGGAAAGCUUCUGGACUUGACGCAUGACACUUACAAUUACGGAGCAUCAACUCUUCCGUUUGUAUUUUUGGACCAUACAUGCCGUGAUAAAUCAACUAGUUAUCACUAGCAUCAUCAUACCUAACUUCAGUAAAGCGUAGUUUUUACUAGAAUCUACCUUGACACGAAGAACAAUUAUCUGCAAUGCCAAUCAACCUUGAAAACAGUUCUCCCCCUUUGGAGAUUAGUAGAUGUGUCUGCUUAAAACUUAUGCACAAAUAACCUUCAUUUUUCUUCACAUCUGAUCAUACUUUGGAUGUAGAAGUGAAGAUAUUCACAGCGUUGGACAUUUAAGACAUUUUACUAAUUUAAGAUAGUAAAGAGCUUAAAGCUUUUAUUUCUAAGAAUAGUUCAUUAGUAUGGGUAUGACGUGUAUCGUAGAUACAGUCUUAAACAAUAACAGUUAACGUUUUGUACGUAAAAUAUCAUUCAUAGGGUACGUCAUGCCCAAACACAGCUGCUCGAUAUUAACCCUAGAUAAAGUAACUCUAAAUAUGGACCAGUAAAAUGAUGCCUAACUUAGAUUUCUUAACAUGCAGAUUAUCAGACGUAAGUGAUUGUCAGUCCAUCGUUAGCUUCUGAUUAAGUCGUCUUGACACCGCGAACCGAAAUCGACGCUUAAUUUCACUUUAAUUAACACUGUCAGGCAAAAUAAGAGGUUUCAGAACGUGCGUUUGCUAAACAACGACUAAACGUUGUUUAAUUUUGCAAAUUAUCUAAUCCUUCUAAUUCCUCAGACGUUUCAAGUAACAUUUGCAUAACUCGUCACGCACUCGUCAAGAACAAUCAACUAGCUCGGCCAUCAAAAUGUUGCGAGACUAGUCAAAUAAUUGCUACAAGUCGCACAGGAAAGGCCGUCAUCAAGUUCACAGCCAAGUGUCGUUGACCUAACUGUACCAACUUUGUUCAUUAUGCACGCAUGCAACGUAGACACUUACCUAUUGAUCAUAAUCAUAAUAAACUUGAAAUUUAACUAUUUUGGGUGAGUCUUCCAUUGGAGGUCUAAAGAACCGACUACGAAAAGAUUGAGAUAUGGGCAUCUUCACCUCUUUAAUUUACACGCAUUUCCAUGCGUAGAUUCUUUUUCAUCGUAAUCUCUGUCAUGGUCAGAGGAUGGUCAUUGUAUCAAAAUAGAAAAAUUUUCAAAAGCAAAAUAACUUUAAAUCUAAUUUUCAAAACAAUGGCAUACUGCAACUUGCAGUGCCCAUGGAAGCGUGAAAUAGAAAGCUAAGCAGUAUCCUAACGCUAAGCAGGCCAGUGUGAAUGGAGGAUACAUAUAAACCGGGCACACGAGAAUAGUGUGAAUGCCUCUCUACCGUGCGCUAAGCAGCGGGAGAAGCGUGCAAUUGAAAUGGGCGAGUCGGUUUAGCGAAACCUAACCCCUAAGCGACUUACGGAUGCCACCAGAUCAGCCCAAGAAGGCGAUACCAUGGUGGCAGCAGUAAGUUGCCCUAACGCUUCCAUGAGUCAGGAAUUGUUGUAAAUUAAUUUAUAUAGAACUGGUGCUUACACCUCAUCAUUAUGGGAUAUGACCUUAGCAGAAGCCUUUCCCAAGCACUGAUACGCAGAUUUAAGUAAGAAAGUUACCAAUAUUAAGUUGCACAUGAAUAUGUCAAGUGAAGUUUUCUAUUUUACUUGACCAAUACUGGACAAAGCUCAUCAACUCGAACAGUUAGACGCAUGCGUGAAUAAAAGAAUGAGCGCCUUAUUGAUCAAGAGAUGAGCUUCUUUGCACAACAACGAAUUUUGUCUCGAUUAAUAUCUGUCCCUUAUCAAAUGAUAAAGGCCUGCGGACGCUUUGUCUCUGUCUACACAUAGAUUGCAUCUUUUAAUCUAGACCAUUUUGGUAGCUAGGUCACAGUUAUCAGUACCACGUAUGUCAGGUGUCUCGUUUUCUCUGUGAUAUUCCAGUGAUCUAAUUGCAAUAAACGUUGAAAAUAUUCACCACUACGGUUUUUUUUAUUUUAGCUGUUAAAACAUCUCGAAAUUGGAGUGCAACUUAACAUUGAUAACUGUUGGUACCCUAAUUCUAAGGUGUCUGAAAGACAAUUCGAAGGCAAUCAAGGUUUCUUUAUCUCUGACCUAUUGUUCAAAACAUCAAAGUGGUAUUCAAAAGCAACCACCCGUUUUAGCCCCAAAUUAGCCGAAUUUGCAUUCAGCGCCUUACGGCCGUAAGCACGCGCGUUCUUAACCCUUGUUUGGAUUUCACUUUUCAUUGAUUUAUUUCAAAUUUUGAUUGACUUAAUCACCGAAAACUUACGGAUCAACCUGUUGUGAAAAAGCAACGUGACGCACGCUUUCAACAAAAUAUUCACGAAUGUAAGUAAUUGCUUAUCUGUUCAGUGUUUAGAUAAAACGAGUUUAACAAUGAAGAGUGUCUUCAAUGUCCUUCGAGGGGCAAGUUAACUUUUUUACAUUUUCACUAGGUUGUAUCCUAAACUCGUCGUCCUUCUUCUUGCGUCGUUUUCUAAAGAAUUCUCGGAAGCUACGGGGCAAUGUGGUCUUGUCAACAGAACCGAGCACGGACUUGACAAAGUCUGUGGCUACGAGUUUACCGCUCAAUAUGACUACAAACACCAUUUCACUAGCGCCUCGCGAGCCGUACCGACCCUGAUACGUCUCCUUAAGAAUUGUUCUGCAACGGUGAAUACUAUGAUCUGUUCUCUGUUCGUACCAAGAUGUGAGGAGGAUAUACCUGGACCAUAUUUACCCUGCAGGGCUGUCUGUUACGACUACGCAACGAGAUGCCGAGACGUUAUCGCAGAGAAAGGACUGCAAUGGACAGUCGCCAUGUGCGACAUAUUACCUGAGCGAGAUGACCCAAAUACUAAACUAGGAUACAGAGGAAGAUGUUUUACACCGCCGAAUUUCAAAGACAGCGGCAAAAGUAAGCGAAUUAUCUUAAUGGUCUUUUAAAGAAGGCAAACUGUUUCUAUAAAAUUCAUAGAGCAUGACGCAUCUUUUUCAUAAAAACACUUCAAAGUAUUGCAUCAUACUUUGGUAAGAAGGAAAAUUACGAUUACUAUUGAAAAGAAAGAAGAAACAAACGAUGUGUCACUCCUUCUAUAAAAGGUCGUUUUAAACGUUAUUUUUCAAUAAUACUUCGUGAUCAAAAUAAUCCCUCACACACUAAUAUUUUUCAUAUCGCCAAACGUGUUGUGUGUACUUGCUAUCGCUGCGGAGGCAAUCACUUAACUGUAGAACAUCGUAUAAAAACGAGCUAUUUUAUUUAUUGUGAAACCAAUUGCGAUUGGCCGACGACACUCGACUUUUAACACUUAAAAUUUCAAAGGGAUAAAUCGUCAACUUAACAUCAGCUGUUACACUGAAAAGGAAGCAUAUGUCUCCUUGCUUAGGUAUUGUCGAAAAAUGACGACUUUAAUUAUGCAUGCUGUCUAUGUGUUUACAUCAUUAUAGGAUGUCAGCGCUAUUUUGGCGCCAAAAUUUCUCGACAGCUCUCCAAACAUGUCACUAACCAUGACAACCUGUAUGUAGAUAGCGGCAUUUGAGGAAUCUCUACAUCAAGUGCAAUUAUUUUCUUUCAGCCAUACACGAGUUUCUAAUGUAAGAGUGAACUUAAGUGCUCUUUCAUUCAUCAUGUCCCUGUAUGUCUGGUUUAAAUACUGUUCUUGAAAGUGCACAGCUUGUUGCUAUUUUUUCUGAUUGAUGUCCGGUUCUACGUGUUUGUAGAGGUAAUAACAUGAUCUCGAGGCCAAUUUGGUGUUAAUGAGGGGGGCAUGGGGAUUUUCGGUUUUUGCGGUUUUGGCUAUUUUUUAGAUCGGUUUUCGGUUUUUGUGCCAAAAAAAUUCGGUUUUUUCGGUUUUGGUAUUCAAAUGUACGAAAUACGAGUGGUCAGCGGUCAAAUAGCUUUAAUAGCGCAUGUAGAAACAAUUCAUUUGUAGUUCCAGUCAAUAAUCGUGUUAUAAAUCCCAAAAUGUUAACACUAUACUUUGCUAAAUAAAAAGUUUAGCAAAUAUUUCAUAAGUGUUGACUGUACAUCCAUUUUUCACCGUUUUUAACAAUAGGUGGAUGCAAACUUAUUUAAGACUCAAAAAAUAUAAAAAUCAAAAACUACAUUUUUUUAGGGUUGUUUAGCUUUUUAUUUUUCCGGAAAAAACAGUCGAGAUUGCAAAAUUCAAGUGAAAUGCAAGCCAACUAUGAGUAAGCCUUGCACAACAGGAAGUCAAGAUACUUUUUUUUUCGUCAUAUCACUCUUCCUGAUGCCUUUUCCAGAGUCAUAGAUGCUUUUCCCGAUGCCUCUGUUGGUUAACGUAGCAGUAAAAAAUAUUGUUACAGUCAAAGCUUUUGGAAAAUUUCUCGACUUUAAUUAGCGAAGUAUAAGUGGAACUUGGUACCAUUUCGGCUCCACAACACGAUUGUUUUCUGCAACCACAAAUGGUCUGUCACCAUGUAAGGUAUAAAAGUUGUUUUACUGCUGACCACUCACAUUUCGGACUAUUUUUCUUUCCCGGCACGUCGCCCGUGAUGUAGUAACUCUUGAAAUGUGACUCUACUCUCUCUAAGUUGAUACAAAUUUUCUUAUUGAUUUUUUUGUUUGUUUGUUUGUUUUUUAUUUCUUACCAGGGUAUUGUUCCUUGCGUAGUAAGUGUAUCUUUAAGUUUUAAAAAAUCUUUGUUUCUCUCAAACUGGGGCUGAAUUAUUUUAAAAAGAUCAAACUAAACGUGGAAAUUACGAUUAAAAAUAGGAAUUUAUGUUCACUUGUCUGCUUGAUGUUGUAUCGAUAUUGUAAGGAGAAUUUCUGUCUUGGUCACUCAUGGGAGUUAAAGGUUAAGUGAGCGCCUAAAAAUUCCAUGACAACCGAGCUUCACAUUCAUGCAAGAGCCUGGAACAGGCCAUAACCAAAUUGUUUACUGAUUAUAUUUUUUCUCCUUUUUUUUCAUUCGUUAUUUGUUUAGCGUACAAACACAACUGCUCAGAUAUAGUUGUCCCUGCUUGCAAAGGAAUACCGGGCUACACUCAAACAGUAGUGUCAGAAGCGAUACAACGACGAUACCAGAGGUACAUCGAUGGCACCAUCGGCCAGAGAACCAACGGCACCUGUUACGAGAAACGGAAAGAAAUCGUGUGCGCUGAGAAUUUGCCGGGAUGUAUCGAUGGCUCGGCUGCCUUCCUCUGCAGAGACACUUGUGAAAAGUUCUUUAAUACGUGCAAAUCACCAUUCUUUUAUGAGAGAGAUAUGUGUAUGGAAUUUCCGAGCAGAGAGUCCACUCCUAAGUCAGCAUCGGUAUGCAAACAGACCCACUGGCCUCGUGCAGAGAAUUGGAAUUUUUCUGCAACACCGACCGGUAUGAAUAUAAUACAUAAUAUAAUAUAUAAUAUAAAUCUUACUUGUUACUUUAGGUGCAUUCCAGCAGUCGGGACUCCUACAAAUUCAAAUUCUUGAAUUAAAAAACUUCAAUCAUUUACCUUCACAGGUCAACCUGUAACAGCCUCUACUGAAGGUGUCAUGAUAUCCAUUUCUCGAAGUCCGACUACAUCCAGUUCACAUGAACUCGAAGGAAUUACAAAACAUACAGGUGCUGAAUAAGAAUUACGACAAAAGUAACUGACCCGGGGUUAUAUGGUAAAAAGUCUGCUCUCGGACCAAGUGCCCUCUCCAGCACGAGUUUUUCCCAUUUAUACACCUGGGUGAAAAGAAGCACUGAAAGUGUAAAGUGUCGUGCCCAAAAACAAAACAUAGUGACGCAACCAGGCUUAUGAUUAUCACCCCCUUGCAACAAAUGAUUUUCCCUUUCAGAUCAAUUCUCAUCCGUUUCUACUAGAGGUACAAGAACUUUUGUCCCUACAAAAAUUUUCGCCCAUUCUCAAGGGACAGAUAUCCUCAGUUCACCUCAACCCAAAGGGACCACAAAACACACAGGUACUAAAUGAGGUGAUAAUACUUAAUUGAAUCGAGGUUAGAUACAGUCGGCUUGUGACUAAUGAAGCCCUGUUCAAACGGUCCUGAUAGUUGAUAAAAUCACGCGAUGAGAUUGUAAACAGAUAUGGCGCGCUCUGAGGUCGGCAAUUUCGGUGGCAUUUGGGAUUUUAGGCAAGAAUCUGCGAGUUAAAGAUACUCAAGCCUACCAGAAGAUGAUGAGAAUGAACUACGUGAUAUUCUGCGACAUAUUGACGGCUAGUGUAAUCGUUUUACCAUUUGCCAUUUCGGUUUAAGCUCGUUUUCGGCAAAACUGUUGACCGAAAAACUAUCAUUCAUUAUGAUCCGCUCGUUCAAAAGGCCGCAAAAACUAUUAUCAACUAUUAUGUCGAAUUCGAACAUGUCCAAACUACAUAAUAGUUGAUGAUAGUUGAUGAUAGUGCAUGACAAAUCGUGUUCAAACACGCACGAUAGUUGAAUGGCUAUCAUCAAUCAUCAUGACUGGGCUUAACGAUUGGCCUGGCUCACUAGUGCUGGUACCAACCCCGGACAAGUCAUGGUGUUACGGUAUUGGGCAAGACACUUUUCUCCCUUGCCUCUUAAAUCUUACUGACUGACUUUAGGGAAGUCACCUACAUUGGUCAGCGUUGAUGAACAUAUAUGUUUCCGGGGGAUAGGAAGAGAGAAGUAGAAUCUCCCCAACAACUCAUAUAGCGGAUUGCUUUUUAUGGAGAUUUGAGCGAAUCUCUCUUGACAACUAGUCACGGUGUUGUAAAAUCUUAUGAUUGACCUCCUUGUGCGUCCCCGACGUUAAACCGCGUCGUGUUAUGUCAGGUUUGCCAAUCACAGUGGCUUAAAAUCUCUCGAUUCUAUGCAGCUGGAGAAGUAAUUAUUCGAUCCCGAAAUUGGGUCACACGACUAAAGUGCCCACCGCCCUCUGAUUGAAGGUUCUUCUUGCCUAUCUUUAAGUCUUACGAGAUUCCAAAUUGCUAAUUUCAAAUUUUUUUUCUUCUUUUUUUUUAUCUCCCACUCAGAAAAACAACAUCCCGGGAUCCACGCAAGAAAAUCAAUUAAGGACGAGGACUCUAAAACAAACAAAGUAGCAAUCGGGCUUAUUGCAACUUUCAUUGUGCUUCUUGUGAUUGCGAUAGGAAUUGUAGGGGUUUUGUUUUACAGGAAGAAACGAAGAAGUCGUCAAUUUGACUAUCAGAAACAAAUACUCUACUCGGAGGGCAAAGCAGACGAAUUUGAAAUUUUUACUUGAUGUUUCUUAAUGUUCUUUAUAAAACCUCUUUCAUAUAGCUGAUGGGACUGAAAGCUUUUCUUCUAUAUGCAUGGAUCAGUUUUCUUAGCUUCGUACACGUAUGUUCAAAUGAUUUCGUUUUAAAAACGAGGCCAAGAAAGUUUACUUAGAUAUACCAGGCGUUUACUGAGGGAAGUCAGUGGUACAUAAGAACAUGGAGGGUCGUAAAAGUUAUUUAAUGAAAAUUGUCGCCAUAUACAACCGACAGUAGAUUUAAUUCGCUUUUUAACUCUUUCUCUAACCUGAUAAGAUAGGGCCUUAACAAGGUUCGAGGCAUAACAUUAUCGUAGGGCCUGUUUACAUGGAGGUGGGGGACCCCAGGUAGGUGAGGUAACCCGCCUAGCCGUGGUCGAAAAAUAAAACGCGUUUACAUGCAGUCUUACAACCCCGGGGUGCUGGGGUGUUGUUGCGCAUGCAAUUAAGGAGUUUGAGCAGAGGCGUCCCAAGCUCACAUCUCGAAAAAGACGAAAGAUCAAUUCUUGGACACAUAUGUAUUUAUGAAAGCGUCACGCGUUGUGUUACGCGGUGUUUGGUUUCGCGAGAAACCGUUGACUUACGUUAUAUACAGAAUAGUUUGGGAAACCAAAUAUGGUCGAUUUACAACGCUAAAUAUUCCGAAAUGUGAAAAUUUUAUACUCCUUGUGUGUCCGUUUCGUUUUCUGGUGAUUUCUGCCAUGAGACGGCUAGGAAAUGUACAAAGUUUUAAAACACACGUUUCGCUUUUGAGCUUUUUGCCGUGAACGCGACCCCGGCUAGGCGGGUUACCCCACCUUGACACGUUUACAUGGCAAAUUGUCACCCCGGCUGACCCCACCUGGUAGACCGGGUAACCCGCCUAGGCGAGUCACCCCACCUAUCAUGUAAACGCGAUCAAAAUGAAGUAAGAAAUCAUAUGGACAGGCGGGUUACCCCACCUAGUCGGGUUACCUCACUUACCCGGAGUCCCCCACCUCCAUGUAAACAGGCCCAUAGUCUUUGUAGACUAAUGAGGCACAUCGCCUUUAAACUUUGGCAAGCUUACUGGGACUGAAUCGUUGAAAGUAAAUCACUCAAAUGACUGGAGAAUAUUGUAAUAGAAACAGGGACCCUGUGCAAACUGUGGGACCGUUUGUAUUUAUAGAUUUAUAGGAAUUGCAUGGGAAUUUCGAAAAGCUUCAUAAAUUCGAACUAAAUUGCAACGACUAUUCUCUUUUUACGUGAAAAGUAACGUACUUAAUUUACCUGGAAUGCACAAUGGGGGUAGGUUCUAAAGAAUCUGUAGUGCUGCGUCGGUGAGGGGUUUUACACGAUUAUACGGUUUUAUUAGUUGAUAGUGUAAAUUGUCCACCGUUGAGUUUCUAGAGCUGAUGGUCCGAGCGUUAAGCCUUCGUCAGAGCGAAUGUGACUUUAGGUAACCGCCUUCAAAUCGCUAGAGUUCGCCGUCUCUACCCUCGGAAACGAUUAUACCCUAGAUUUCUCGAAAAUCAAAUAUGCAAACGGUCACAUCAUUUGUGUGGGUUCCAGUGGGAUAGGGUUUGUUGUUUACCAUUAGCAAGAAAAGAUUGACUUCUACUCUUGCCAUUGGUAAAUAAAACGUCUUGUUAAGGGUAAGUUAAACUUACUUUGGUCUCACAGAUUCACUUCUCCACGAACACGCACGUUCAUUAAUUAAGUGAGCCAUCAUAAACGUAAUAUUUUACCAAUAUAAGAAAAUGGUGAAAUAAAUUUAGGAAAAAACUUUUAAGCCUGCUCUUCAGUUAUUUCAUUCAAGAGCUCGAAAACAUUAACGAACAUGUAAAUGGUCUGUCCGCGAUGUUAAAUCUUGAGAAUUGUAAUCGUCGUCGAAGUGCAAUCGAUCUGCAGUCUUCUUCCUUAUGGACCUCUCACUCUGUGGCCUCUCUUUGAAAUUAC